GGCGACAGUUCGCGCUCAUAAUGAAUUUGACUGGCUGCCAACUAACACUCUAACACGCUAACUAAGUAACUAAGCGACUAGACGAGACGAAUGGAGCCGACGGGAUCCGACUGCUCACGCGAUAUAUGUGAAAACAUAUAGCGGAAAUUGGGCGGGAGUGAAGUAAUGUUGAGGGCUUGGUGAAAAAUAUAUUGCGAAUUUCGAAAUCAGUUGAAAACCGUAGCUCGCUGGCAUCGCUCGUCGCGAAUCGGAAGAUCGUCAGUCCGGAAAAUGUUUCGCAAAUGCCUUGCCAGCCUGGCCCUGGCCCCCGUCCCCAGUCCGAUUUCGAUUUCGAUCCCCAGGAUAACCCCGGUGGCCAGUCAGCUCGUCCAGCGCCGCUCUGUCCACCAGGUGCCCCACGAGGGCAGGCCGCCAAAAAUUCUCAUCACAGGUGGCCUAGGGCAGUUGGGCAUUGAGUGCGCAAAACUAUUGCGGGCGCACUACGGCAGCGAGAAUGUAAUUCUCUCCGACAUCAUCAAGCCCAGUCAGUCUGUGCUGGAGAAUGGGCCGUACAUCUUUGCCGAUAUCCUGGACUUCAAGGGUCUGCAAAAGAUCGUUGUGAACCACCGCAUCGACUGGCUGAUCCAUUUCUCGGCAUUGCUCAGUGCCGUGGGCGAACAAAAUGUGCCACUGGCAGUGAGGGUCAACAUUGAGGGUGUUCACAAUGUCAUCGAGCUGGCGAAGCAAUAUAGGCUCCGUAUCUUUGUGCCUAGCACCAUUGGGGCUUUUGGCCCCGACAGCCCCCGCAAUCCCACUCCAAAUGUUACGAUCCAACGUCCGCGCACAAUUUAUGGCGUUUCCAAAGUGCACGCCGAGCUGAUUGGCGAAUACUAUUACCACAAGUUUGGCCUGGACUUCAGAUGCCUGCGCUUCCCCGGAGUUAUAUCCAGUGAUCCGCCAGGCGGUGGCACCACAGACUAUGCCGUGGCAGUAUUCCACGAUGCCCUGCGACAUGGGAAAUACAACUGCUAUCUGCGUCCUGAUACAAGACUGCCCAUGAUGUACAUCGAGGAUUGUUUGCGAGCACUCCUGGAGUUUAUGAGGGCACCCAAUGAGCAGCUGAAGCGCCGUGUAUACAAUGUGACCGCCAUGUCCUUCACUCCCGAGGAGCUGUUUGCCCAGCUGGGGAAGCACGUGCCCAAUCUGCACGUGACCUACCAGCCGGACAGUCGUCAAUUGAUCGCAGACUCGUGGCCAGAGGUGUUCGACGACUCGGAUGCCCGGAAGGACUGGCACUGGCAGCACAAGUACGACCUGGCCAACUUAGUGGACUUCAUGGUCAAGGAUGUCCAGGAGAACUACAUCAAUGUGCAGCUGCAACAGCAGAAGCUGCAGAUCUGAUCAACAGGGGAGCGGAUCAGGGCGAUCAAACAACCGCAUCAAGUAUUCUUAAGUAAUGAAAUUCUGUCGCAUUUAACACUGCAUUUAUUUAGUGGAUACCAACACAAAGUUCUGUACUAUUUACCUUCGCAAAUACAAUAAGGCAUUUAUUGGAAAA